CCUGGGUGUCCUUUCCGGAAGUUUUCUUCCCAGGAGAUCAGUGGACAAAGAGCAAGAAAAGCAGAAAACAGGGCAGGAGAUGCGCGGAGCAUUCCCUGGAUUCAUCAAAGUAAUCAGUCCUGGCCUCAAUUGCAUCCCCAAGUUGAAGGCGGGUGCGCUGGAAAAAGGGCACAAACUUCAGUGACAGAGGUGUGUGUGUCGGGGGGGAGGGAUCCCCAGGAUGAAAGCCUCCCUGGCACCCUCCGAGAGUCCCAGAAGGUUGGGCGGAGGCGCGCGGAGCCGACUGCACUGGCCCCGCGGGCGCGCGCACCGGGCGCGCGGAGCUUCCUCGAGCCCAGGCAAGCGGCCUCCACACGGCGCCGGGUAGUCCCGAGGCUGGCCCGCGUUGCGCCGGUGCCAAUCGGCGCGCAGCGCCCCGCGGCUCCCUCCCCGCCCCGCCUCCCCAUCCCCCUCCCCAGCUUCAGUUGGUCGCGCGAACCCGGCCACCGGCUGGAGAGCUGCGGUUGAGCCACAGCCUAAGGCAAGCCCGAGCGCCGCCAUCCCAGACCCUUCGCUGCCGACCGCCGGCCGGCAGGCGACGGGCAUGCUGGCAUGGCAAGACGGCGGGGCCAAGGCGGCUCCCUCCCACCACAAGAUCUCCUUCUCGGUCCUGGACAUCCUGGACCCGCAGAAAUUCACCCGCGCCGCGCUCCCGCCCGUGCGCCCGGCUCCCCGGGAAGCCAGGAAAAGUUUGGCGGAGGUCGAAGCGGGGAAGGAUGCCAGCGUCGAGAACCCUGACGGACAGCUGGAGACCCCUGAUGCUGCGGGCCGAGGCGCCGGCGGGGCGUCCCCCCUGGAGGGUUCCGAGGCGGAAGAGGAGGAGGAUGCGGAGGAUCCCGGGAGGCCGCGGCGGCGGGAGCGGGCUGCGCGCAAGCUGCUGGGCCUGGCGCGCUCACCUGACGCCCCUGUCGCGGCGUUGGCGUCUGGGGAGCCCUGCGAGGAAGGCGGGGGCGGCCCUGCAGGGUCCCCUGGCUCCCCGGGCUCCCCGCGGCCCCGGCGCCGGCGCGUGGAGUCCAACUGCGCCAAGCCGCGGCGCGCGCGCACCGCCUUCACCUACGAGCAGCUGGUGGCCUUAGAGAACAAGUUCCGGGCCACGCGCUACCUGUCCGUGUGCGAGCGCCUGAACCUCGCGCUGUCGCUCAGCCUCACCGAGACGCAGGUCAAAAUUUGGUUCCAGAAUCGCAGGACCAAGUGGAAGAAGCAGAACCCGGGCGCCGACGGCGCGGCUCAGGUCGGAGGUGGUGCGCCCCAACCAGGGGCUGCAGCGGGGGGCGGCGGCGGCGGCGCAGGGGGCAGUCCCGGCCCUCCCGGCACAGGGACUCUGCCCUUCCAGACUUUUCCCUCCUACUCCACGGCCAACGUCCUCUUCCCGGCUGCCUCCUCCUUCCCGCUGACGGCCGCCACCCCUGGGAGCCCUUUCGCGCCGUUCCUCGGGCCUUCCUACCUGACCCCCUUCUACGCCCCGCACCUAUGAAUCCGGAGCCUCCGGCCCAUCAUUGGCAUCGUCGUGUACCCUUGGCUCCUCCACCGGGGUGCCGGUGCGCGGGUGUCAGCGCGCCGCUUCCCUGUCAGCAGCCGGGGACGCCGCACCCCUGCCCGCCGAGUGCACCGGCGAUCCUCGCCGGCAACCAAGGGGUCAGGAAUCCGCCCCCGAAAUUUCAGGGGACCGAGACUGACCUCAAACCUUGCGGUUUCUGGACCUUGCUGUUCACUUUGGGUCAGGUUUAAUUCAGUUCAGGGGCUAUGUUUUGAGGGUCUGGAUGGACCCAGUUCGGGGCUAAUAACAAAGAUUACAGGAAACACCAGGAGCAGCUACGCCUCAGCCGCCAGCUGCUGGCAGCUGGGAUGGAAGCUUCAAAGGUGCUGCCUCACCAGAGGGUGAGGAGCAGUCUCUGUUCACAGCUGAUGGCUUCCCUUCCUCAUGUGUGAUAGUUCGGCCCAUACCCAGAGACUUCUUCCAAAUCCUGAGCAAGGCUGGGGAGAGCUUGGUCCUGGAGCACACAUGGGCCGCUCUGAAACAGACUAUUUUUAAAAUGCAUACAACUUGGCCGGGCAUGGUGGCUCAUGCCUGUAAUCUCAGCACUUUGGGAGGCCGAGGCGGGUGGAUUACUUGAGGUCAGGAGUUCAAAAACCAGCCUGGCCAACAUGGUGAAACCUCGUCUCUUAAAAAAAAAAAAACAAAAAACAUACAACUCCAUAUCUCUAGAUCUUUACUUAAGAUUGGGUCUGGAGCACAAUACUUGUUCCAAAUAACCUCCCCAGCUUGUUCCUGAGAGAGGGGGUACCUUGGUUUUCUGAGUAGGCCGGAAGUUUGUGGUAGGAAAGGUGACUCCACUUUGUAGCUAGAUUAAUCUGCUGAAAUAGACACAGGUCUGUUGCACUGCCAGUUUUGAGAACAGCUUGAACCAAACCACGCAGUGGCCCCAAAGGCAUAGAAAUGAUACUGAAAGCAGCGAUGGCUCAGCUAAUAUCACGAGGUCUAUGCAUGAGGCUGCCUACUUUGAUUUGCAGAAGUUUAUACUUUAAAACUUACAGUCCUGGCUCAUCUGCCUGUCACAGGGAUUCCAGGGCUUCCAAGACUGAGCCAGGGAGAGCUAGCUCCACCAGCAGCAGGCACCACUACUACAUGUGGACAGUUGGACUGUUUUUUAAAAGCACAAGCUCAACAUUUUUAGAUCUUCAUCUAGGAUUCUGACUUGAAAACAAUUCUUGUUAACAAACAGACUCUCCAUGGUGAACAAGGAGGUGAACAAGCUGAGACUGUAAGGGCCAGUGAAAGCAGCACUUGGCUGUGAAAUGCUGUCCUGUUCAUAAUGGAUUCAUCUCCAGGAACUUAAUACGUGGACAUGCAUUUUAACUGCUUUUAUGACCUCCCUUAAAACAUUCGUUCUGUGAAAUUCCCUUGCCAGUUUUGCUUGGAAUAUGCUUCCUUUAGUUUUCUACGUAAUAUAAUCGUGUAGCCCACAUCUCAGAAACCCAGACAUCCCCAGUUUGUCAUGUAUGUUUCAUUCUCACAUUUGAUUACUUGAGGCCAGCUGAGAUCUAUGUGGACACCAACUUUCUUGCUAUUUCUUGGUAGCCUGUGCUAUUAGCAGUUAAGUUUAAUGAUCAAUGGCUUCAAAGUAAAGCACACUGUUUGGUGUUAUAACCCAUUCCAUUACUCUAAUCUUGAAGUAUCUAGUUCUUUUAUCAGGAAUGAUAGAAAAUAUUCCCAUUUUCUCCUAAAUUAAAUGAAGACUCUCAUAGGAUUUGAUAGUAUAUAUUAUUUAGUUACUUAAUAUCCGCUAAUUAGACUCCUUUCCUUCUAAAGAAGAAUGUCCUCCAAAUGACACAUUGUAACUUUCGAAAAGACAGUUGGUGCCAGAUGAGAUUACAAAUGCAGUUACCAUGUUAGAUAGAACUUCCCUUACGCUUUGGUAAACACUCCUUUAAUAACCAUUUGUUGGUUUCUCACAAGCAAUAUCCCAUAUUAAACAGGCAAUUCAAAUGUGACAAUACCUCUGUAACAAAGAAGCUGAAUUUCUGUAAUAAGUGGGAAGCAUUCAUUCCAGUCUUCUCAGGAACCAGAAUCACAGACUUCAGUGGAGGAGAGGGAAUAGGGAGGAGGUGGGAGGCUGAUGUGUCCCUGGCCUAGCAGGGUGCUGUAAUUCCUGACCCUUCCGGUUUCUACAGAACGUUGCAGAGUAAUGCUUGAAGCGUGUGACUUUGGACGUCUGCUGCUUUAAAAGGCCCGGUGGCUUUUCAACCAAAUCCUUAGACUCAAUCUAUCCGUGUGUUUGUCUAAUAAACUCUUUUUGUAAUAAAUU